AUGCUCUCCAUGACUGCAAUUGUUCCCUUUGCUGUAGUGGGCGUAGAUCCGGUUAUGCUAGGCGUAUUUCUAGUAGCAAUGGGAGAAAGAUGGACCCUCAUGAUCAAAUCCCUGGACAGCUACAUCAAGAAUGCACCGUCCAUAUACUCCAUUCACCUAUCCUUGGCCUGUAGCCUCCAUUUCCUCCGCAUCACGAACGUAGCCGAGCGGAGAGGCGAGAAAAUGACCAUGCUGGGAGGCGAAAAGUGGAGCGAGAAAAUGAGCAUGCUGGGAGGCGAAAGGUGGAGCGAGAAAAUGAGCAUGCUGGGAGGCGAAAGGUGGAGCGAGAUUUGGAGUAUGCUGAAUUCGAGCGGUGCUGAGCGAGAAAGUAGGCUCUCUGAGGAUCGAUAUAGUGCGCGGACGUAG